CAUUCUCGCACUUCCUUUCUUCCCCAACGCGUGUGCUCCUUUACAAUGCCUGAGCCUGCAAAAUCCGCUCCCGCGCCCAAAAAGGGCUCGAAAAAGGCGGUCACCAAAGCUCAAAAGAAGGACGGCAAGAAGCGCAAGCGCAGCCGCAAGGAGAGCUACUCCAUCUACGUGUACAAGGUGUUGAAGCAGGUGCACCCCGACACCGGCAUCUCGUCCAAGGCCAUGGGCAUCAUGAACUCGUUCGUCAACGACAUCUUCGAGCGCAUCGCCGGCGAGGCCUCCCGCCUGGCGCAUUACAACAAGCGCUCCACCAUCACCUCCCGGGAGAUCCAGACGGCCGUGCGCCUGCUGCUGCCCGGCGAGCUGGCCAAGCACGCCGUGUCCGAGGGCACCAAGGCCGUCACCAAGUACACCAGCUCCAAGUGAGUCCCUGCCGGGACGCGGCGCCCGCCGGGGUCGCCGGCCGCCUGACUCCAAAGGCUCUUUUCAGAGCCACCCACCUAAUCACCUGAAAAGAGCUUUGUUCACUUAUUUUACCCUUCACUUUCUUCUCACAAAGUAAGUUCCUUGUGGAAGGUGGAAGGUAGUACGCGGAGCUUUUCAAGCCAUUCGUACUUGGAGAUUCCCGGCGCGUGACUGGCUUUGCUUUCUAAUCUGGGUCGCGUCUUAACCCCGUAACUGCUGCUUAGUUCUACAAACUCCUUCGAAUUAGGAUACUGAAAAUCUCCCCACCUCCCGUCGCCGGACUAUUGCGUCCUGGCCGCUCUGGGGUGGACGUCUCACUGGUGUUCUAAAUCAAAUUGGGUGACUUCGGUCGUCCUUUAAGAAAGGAUCAGCUAAGCCCGGGUCCCGGGAACGUUGCGACCAGCCCCGAAGAAUUCUGAGCGUGCGGCAGCCAAGCCGCCUGGCGCGGUCACCGCCUCUGCGGCGCGGCGCGGCCUCCCGUGGACCCCGCGGUGUGGGCGCCGGGGGCGGGGCCUGCGCUCGACUCCUAUAGCCUCUUCGUGAUUGGACGGUAUGAAUAUUCAAAAUCUGGCGCCGGCCCCCAAAGUCGUGGAUUCUGGUGUCCGCCGAACCCUUUGAAGCUUUGAAAUCCCUCCCUAUUCUCGGUUUGUGGAUCGUUUUUGCAUUUAAUUCUCUUGGAACGCUCGGGCCUCCGGUCACUCUUAAAGGCGCUGGUUCAUUUAAUUCUGGGCUCAAAAGUCACCUCUCAGAGAUCUUCCCAAGUCGCACUCAGGAAUUUGCGUCUCUUGUUCCUGCCUGUCAUCUGGUCUCCCUGUUCUCUUCCUCCUAGGAGCUGUCAGAAACUGGUUCGUUUUUUUCUAAUUUAUGAUCUUAAACCCUUAACCUUGCUGGUCGGAUUUUCUGCAAUAUUGUCAGCGCCAAUCCGUGCCUGGCAUAUAGCGGACACUUAACUAUUUAUUGAAAUUUGUCGAAUUAAUUUUCUCACGCCAUCCUUUUCUUAAUAGCUUCCGUGGAUUGGGCGGGUGUCGUUCAUUUCCAUUAGAUACAUGUGAAGACCUGAAAAUGGAAAUGUUUUUGGAGCUCUCUGGCCAAAUCCGUCCAUGGUCCCCUCAGAGCAAUAGCUCUGAGGAGGCCCGGGUUGAGACUCUUUGUGCACCCAAAUGGAGGUGGCAGUGGUGGGUUCUCCCUUCCUUUGCACUUCUUAGUGUAGUGUACCGUCUUUGGAUUUUCAUUAAAUUAGAGCAUUGGUCACUGGAAAGAUCCUUUUCCCAUCUCCUUUUCUGACACACACCAUCUCCAUCCUGAUCCUCUGGCCCCCACGGAGAUGAGCUUUUAAUUUAUAUUCACUUUCUCACUUAUCAGGAGGUCCUGAAGAGAUAGACCCUGUAAGACAGGCAAGAUUAAUAACCCUUUUACAAAGGAGGUUGAGAAAAGCAAAGGGGUUGGUUCACUGCUCAUGAGCUAAUACUGUCCACCUUUGUAUCCUCAAAUGCUCAAUUGCAUUUUAGUUUUAUUUUGUGUGAUUACAGAAUGUUCAGUCUUUCUGUCCAAGCCUUGAUUUUGCUGAUGAAGACACUGAUGGUCUGAUCAGUUAUUCAACUGCUUUUGGCUCUUGGGUCCUGGAGUUGAUCCUAAGGGUUUCAUGAAUCCACAUGGAUGCCAGGCAUUAUCAUAAACUGAAUAAAUCUUAUGUUUCUUACAUGUGUGUUUUCAAAUGUGUGUAGAUGCUAUUGUUAUUAAUAAAACAACUGAUUAUUUUAGAA